AGGAAGCUGAUUACACCAAGUUUCCACUGAGUAUUCUCUCUGUGAAGACUGAAGAUGAUGAAGAGAAACCACAAGACGAAGACGAGGUUGAAGAACCUUUGAGCAGCGAUAAAGACUGUGAAGACGUCCAGCAGCUGAUCAGUAAUCCAGAAGAAGUUUCCCCUCAGUUAGGGGGGAGCUCCACUUUGAAGCAGGAGACUCCACAACCACCCUGCAUUAAAAAGGAAGAGGAGGAACUCUGCAUCACUCAGGAGGGAGAGUGUCUUCUAGGACGAGAGGAAGCUGAUUACACCAAGUUUCCACUGAGUAUUCUCUCUGUGAAGACUGAAGAUGAUGAAGAGAAACCACAAGUAGACAACAUCUUAGCUCCACUAUCAGAUAGUGAGGCUGAAGACGAGGUUGAAGUAACUUUGAGCAGCGAUAACGACUGUGAAGGUGAUAUGAGGACUCACACUGACAACAAACACUCUGAAUGCUCUACAAAGAAGAGAGGUAAAACAUGUUUGAGCUGCUCAGUUUGUGCUAAAAGUUUUACGAAAAAGAGCCGUUUGACUCAACACAUGAGAACGCACACAGGUGAAAAACCAUUUAUUUGUUCAGUUUGUGGCAAAAGCAUUUCUGUUAAGAGAAAUUUUACUCGACACAUGAGAACACACGCAGGUGAAAAACCAUUUAUUUGUUCAGUUUGUGGCAAAAGCUUUUCUGCUAAGAGAAAUUUGACUCAACACAUGAGAAAACACACAGGUGAAAAACCAUUUAGUUGUUCAAUUUGUGGCAAAAGCUUUUCUGUUAAGAGAAAUUUAAGUGUCCACAUGAGAACACACACAGGUGAAAAACCAUUUAGUUGUUCAGUUUGUGGCAAACGCUUUUCUAUUAACAGAAAUUUGAUCGAACACAUGAGAAUACACACAGGUGAAAAAACAUAUAAAUGUGCAGUUUGUGGCAAAAUCUUUUCUCGGAGUACCUCUUUGACUCGACACAUGAGAACACACACAGGUGAAAAACCAUUUAGUUGUUCAGUUUGUGGCAAAAGCUUUUCUCAAAAUAGCCAUGUGACUCAACACAUGAGAACACACACAGUUGUUCAGUGUGCUGUAAAAGGUUCACACAUAGUCCAGCAGCUGAUCAGUAAUCCAGAAGAAGUUUCCCCUCAGUUAGGGGGGAGCUCCACUUUGAAGCAGGAGACUCCACAACCACCCUGCAUUAAAAAGGAAGAGGAGGAACUCUGCAUCACUCAGGAGGGAGAGUGUCUUCUAGGACGAGAGGAAGCUGAUUACACCAAGUUUCCACUGAGUAUUCUCUCUGUGAAGACUGAAGAUGAUGAAGAGAAACCACAAGUAGACAACCUCUUAACUCCUCUAUCAGAUAGUGAGGCUGAAGACGAGGUUGAAGAACCUUUGAGCAGCGAUGAAGACUGUGAAGGUGAUAUGAGGACUCACACUGACAACAAACACUCUGAGUGCUCUACAAAGAAGAGAGGUAAAACAUGUUUGAGCUGCUCAGUUUGUGCUGAAAGUUUUACUAAAAAGAGCCAUUUGACUCAACACAUGAGAACACACACAGGUGAAAAAACAUUUACAUGUUCCGUUUGUGGCAAAAGCUUUUCUCGAAAUAGCUUGUUGACUCAACACAUGAGAACACACACGGGUGAAAAACCAUUUAAUUGUUCGAUUUGUGGCAAAAGCUUUUCUCGAAAUAGCUUUUUGACUCUACACAUGAGAACACACACAGGUGAAAAACCAUUUAAUUGUUCAGUUUGUGGCGAAAGCUUUUCUCAAAAUAUUCAUUUGACUCGACACAUGAGAACACACACGGGAGAAAAACCAUUUAAUUGUUCAGUUUGUGACGACAGCUUUUCUCAAAAGACCCAUUUGACUCAACACAUGAGAACACACACAGGUGAAAAACCAUUUAAUUGUUCAGUUUGUGGCAAAAGCUUUUCUGUUAAGUGCACUUUGACGGAACACAUGAGAACACACACAGGUGAAAAAACAUGUAAAUGUGCAGUUUGUGGCAAAAUCUUUUCUCGUAGUACCUCUUUGACUCAACACAUGAGAACACACACAGGUGAAAAACCAUUUAAUUGUUUAGUUUGUGGCAAAAGCUUUUCUUUUAAGAGCACUUUCAUUGAACACAGGAGAACGCACACAGGUGAAAAACCAUAUAAGUGUUCAAUUUGUGGCAAAAGCUUUUCUGUUAAAAGCAAAUUGACACAACACAUGAGAUCACACACUGGUCUAAGACCAUUUAAUUGUUCUGUUUGUGGUAAAACCUUUCCUUAUAACAGCUCUUUGUGUCGACACAUGAGAACACAUGCUGGAGAAAAAACAUUUAGUUGUUCAGUGUGCUGUAAAAGGUUCCCACAUAAUGCAGAUGCAGUAAAACACAUAAGAACACACAAGGGAAAAUAACCAAUUAGCAUCCACCCUACCCAGGACCUCCUCACUGCUUCUUUCACAAAUAUCUGAGGUAUUCAUACAAACUUGGAUUAUUUGGAGCAUAAUCUUAUCUACUCAUGACCCCAUGUCUUCUCUGUAUCUGAAACCUUCCUGAACAGUAAGAUAGAUGAUGCUUCAAGUGCUUGGUUUCUCCUUCUUUAGUCCAGGGACCUGGGGCCUCAUGUGUCAAGUGUGCACAAGGUGAAAAACCUGCACUACACCCUUUUUCACUGCAAAGUUGAGAUGUGUCAAAACUGACGUUGAUGCACAAUUUAUGCUGGGUACUGUAUUUUUCGUCGCUCUGGAGUAUACGUCGCACCGGCCGAAAAUGCACAAUAAAGAAGAAAAAAAAACAUAUAUACGUCGCACUGGAGUAUAAGUCGCAUUUUUGGGGGAAAUGUAUUUGAUAAAAUCUAACACAAAGAAUAGACAUUUGAAAGGCAAUUUAAAAUAAAUAAAGAAUAGUGAACAACAGGCUGAAUAAGUGUACGUUAUAUGAGGCAUAAAUAACCAACUGAGAACGUGCCUGGUAUGUUAACGUAACAUAUUAUGGUAAGAGUCAUUCAAAUAACUAUAACAUAUAGAACUUGCUAUACGUUUACCAAAGAAUCUGUCACUCCUAAUCGGUAAAUCCCAUGAAAUCUUCUUCCUCGUUGCUCCUGGUAUGCGCCGCUCCCUUUCUUUUUGCUGCUCGAUGGCCGUUUUCUGCUGCAUAUUUCACUACUUGUAAUUUGCAGUAUAUGAUUUCCUUUUCGGUGCCAUUCUUCUCAGUUUUUAUAAGUUACCGCCAAUGUUGAAAAAAUGACCCACAAUGCACUUCUGCCAUGACGCACAAUGCACUUCUGACCCGCCCCCGCCAAAUUUUUAUUGGUUGACGUGUGUGACGAUUGCGGACAUUUGCUUCGUCUGUUACGCGAAUGAGAUAAAUAAUAUUAUUUGAUAUUUUACGGUAAUGUGUUAAUAAUUUCACACAUAAAUCGCUCCGGAGUAUAAAUCGCACCCCCGGCCAAACUAUGAAAAAAACUGCUAUUUAUAAUCCGAAAAAUACGGUAACUGUUUGCAUAACCAAGUGUCAACUUUUACUCCUCAGACUGAUUGAUGUGCAAAUCAGAGACAUAUGAACAAUUAACAAACUAAUUAACCAAACUUUAUUUAGUUUUUUGUUCAACCCUAGAUGGGCUGUGACUUAAAGUUUAAUUGCUUUGUAGAAACACUGAGAUUAAGUCUAAAUUCAUUGUGUUCUUCAAGGUGUUUUUGAAAAUGCACCAUUUUUUUCCUCUAAAUGUUCAACUAACUUGAAGUGCUUUGUCAAGAUGAUUAUUUGUGAUAUGUUCUAUUU